AUGAAGCAAGUGAAUACGCGGCGAGACUGCAGCUCGCGGGUCGGCGGCGAGGUCCUUGCCGGCCACUUCCCCGUUGGCCGGCGGCUAGCCCAGCUGGCCAGGCGUGCCCGCAGCCCGCACCUCCGCCUUGUUAUAGGUCGGUCCGCGCCGCCGCCGCUCGCCAAGGACGACUCGCGCGCCGACCACGUCCAGGUGCACCGCCCUCGCUCUGUCACCGCCGCCAUGGCCGACCCGGACCACUUGCCGCUAGGUGGGACGGUGCUUCCCGGAGGCGACGGACACUACCUGUCGAUCUGGUCGGAGCUGGCCCAGGGGCGCGCGGGGGCGGAGGAGCGGCAGCAGGAGGGCGCAGAGUCGGGCGGCGACGUCUUCUGGGCGGCGGGGGCGGAGCUGCCCCGGAGACUGAGCUGGCUGGCUGCUGGAGAGGCUGGAGCGGCGGCUGCUGCUGGAGUGGCGCGCCGGCUGGACGGCUGGCAGGUGCCGCAGGCGGGGCAGAGUCGCGGCCGCAGCUUUCUCCGGCACCGGGCUUCACUCUGCGCCUGCAUCGCUGCCGCCUCUUCCAGGCCGAGAGUCAGCAGCAGCAGCAGCAGCAGCAUAGGCAGCGACCGCGUGCUGUACCACGCGGCUCUGUGCGGCCACGGAGCCGCCGCCCCCGCCGCCGCCCCCGCCUGCGCCGCGGGGCACGCUUUCUCCGGCCGCCUAAGCGCCCUUCUUUCUCCAGGUGUCGCCGCUCAGCGGCAGUGGUGCCCGGCUGCGACCUCCAUUACGGGGCUGAUGUACUCUCGCGUCCUCAAGCCCAGGGCCGCGGCGCGCCGUAAAGCUGCGCGAGUUACGACCGCCGCCGCCGCUGUCCCCGCUUUACUCGCGUCCUGUCCCGUCUUCGUCCUCGUCCUCUUUGCCAGCCGUGCCUUCCAGUAUGAAGCGCGCGGGCGGCGCGCCGACCCUGCACAAGUGGUCGCCAAUUGCUGGCGAUCCGUGUGA